AUGCGUGCAGGCACGUUUAAAGCGCCCGCCACAGGCCCUCAGCUCCAGCGGGGAGAGAGUCCCGCUGCCUCGCCCGACCCCGAGCCUCCGAGCGUCCCGGUCCCCGACAGCAACCGCGAGGGCGCGAGCGUGUCUCCAGGACGCCAGGAGCGGCGGCCCCCGGGACCCUGCGUGCCGCCCGGGCUGGCGGAGGCGCUGAGCGCGCUGGGACUGGCGGGAGAGCGCGAGUACGCUGGGGACAUCUUCGCCGAAGUCAUGGUGUGCCACGCGCUGCCCCGGAGGGCCCUGCCCCGCGCUGUGACCCCGGAGAUGCGCGCGCUCGUGGUAGACUGGCUGAUCCAGGUGCACGAGUACCUGGGCCUGGCGGGGGACACGCUCUACCUGGCGGUGCACCUGCUCGAUUCCUACCUGCGCGCCGGCAGAGUGCGCCUCCAUCGCCUGCAGCUGCUGGGCGUGGCCUGCCUGUUCGUGGCCUGCAAAAUGGAGGAAUGCGUGCUUCCCGAGUGUGCCUCCCUCUGCCUCCUGGGCGCUGGCUCCUUCUCGCGGGCCGAGCUCCUGCGCGCAGAGCGCCGCAUCCUGAGCCGCUUGGAUUUCCGGCUGCACCACCCGGGCCCGCUACUCUGCCUCGGGCUCCUCGCCGCGCUGGCCGGGAGCAGCCCCCAGGUGACGCUCUUUGCCACCUAUUUUCUGGAGCUGUCUCUGCUGGAGGCCGAGGCAGCGGGAUGGGAGCCGGGUCGGCGCGCAGCUGCGGCGCUGAGCCUGGCGCAUCGCUUGCUCGACGGGGCGGGCUCCGGCCUGGAGCCGGCGCUUUACAGCCCCGCGGAGCUGCGCCCGCUCGAGCCGUGCAUGGCCCGCGCCGCGCUCCGAGGCCCCGCGCCCGGCCGCGCAGCCACCUUCCUCAAGUACGCGCGGCCCCAGCUCCAGGGCACCAGCCUCGCCGCCGCCCGCUUGCUCCGCCGCCCCCAGCCCGGACUUCCCUGAGUCUGGACACCCCAUCAAAAAAAGACUCUCCUUGUUUAUCCUUCUCCCAGUUCAAUAAAAGAGGUUGUUUUUU